AAGGCGCCAAGAUGCCACAUGGAAGGGCGAGCAAAGAAAUAUGGCCCCUGCCCUGACAGCGUCCAGUGGACUGACCCCAGCCAAAGAAGCCCCAGUGGACGUUCCAGUUGCCAGGCAGCCCGGCUCUCUCCGCUGGGGCUCCCGUCUCCUGAAUGAACAACACUCGAAUAAUUGACAACUUGUAACAAGCCGGAAACCUACAAGGCCGCCCUGUUCAACUUCUGCCCCCUUUUUCACUUUUUCCCUUGACGGCAGCACGUUUCGACCCUGACAACCUAACCGAGCAAAGGGGUCAACAACAACAAACAGUCACCCGCUCAAGAACUAGUGACACAUCACAACCCUGCCAAGGACAGACAUACUCCGAACGAUCACCGGACUCCCGACAAGAUGAGCGGUCUCGCGACAAAGCAGCAGUCGCUCAAGCUCUUUGAGAAGCUCAAGGCGAAGCCAGCCAACAAGAUCUGCUUCGACUGCGGCCAAAAGAACCCAACAUGGACUUCGGUCCCCUUUGGCAUCUACCUCUGCCUCGACUGCUCCGCCAACCACCGCAACCUCGGCGUCCACAUUUCCUUUGUGCGGUCUACUAACCUCGACCAAUGGCAAUGGGACCAGCUACGGAUCAUGAAGGUGGGAGGCAAUGAGUCGGCAACCAAGUUCUUCCAGCAAAACGGUGGUUCCGCCGCCUUGAACAGCAAGGACCCCAAGACCAAGUACCAAUCCGCCGCCGCGACCAAGUACAAGGAGGAGCUCAAGAAGAGGGCUGCUAGGGACGCCCGCGAGUACCCCGAAGAAGUAGUCAUCACCGACGGCGACGACGCCACAGGCAGCAACACCCCGGCCGGCGAGCCCGACGACGACUUCUUUUCCUCGUGGGACAAGCCCGCCAUCAAGAAGCCGACACCUCCCAUCUCGCGCACCUCUACGCCCCCAGUCAUUGGCCGCACCGCCUCCCCGCUCCUCGGCAACGGCAAGGACAUCCAGCGCACUGCCUCGCCCCUCUCCAAGACCGAUUCCGAUGCUCCCACUCCCGCCCCCGCCGCCAGCCGCAUCACCACCUCCGCGGCCCUAAGGAAAACAACCCCCGGCAGCAGCGCCACCGGCGGCCCGCGCAAGGUCGGCGGCGGCAUCCUGGGCGCCAAGAAGCCCGCGGCCAAGCUGGGCGUCAAGAAGAUCUCGGCGGACCUGAUCGAUUUCGACGAGGCGGAGAAGAAGGCUAAAGAAGAGGCGGAGCGCGUCGAGAAGUUGGGCUACGAUCCCGAAGCGGAGGAAGAGAAGACGGCGAAGAAGGCUGAGACCAAGGCGAGCAAUAUCAUCACCCCUGCUGCGGCGCCGGUUAGCUCCUCCAGUUCGAGGUCGGCGGCGCAGGAGAAGUCGGCUGCUGAGGUGGAGAGGCUGGGCAUGGGUGUCAGGAAGCUGGGUUUUGGUAUGGUGGGCAAGCCCGGUGGUGCUGGUGCUGCGGGCGCGGGCGGAGCGGCGGCGGUGAAGAAGAAUGCGGGUGGGUUUGGAAGUGUUGGGCCUAUUAAGGCUAGUGAUGCCGACGAAGAACAAUACGCCCGCAACAAGUUCGCCAACCAAAAGGCCAUCUCCUCCGACGAGUUCUUCAACAAGGGCAACUACGACCCCUCCGUUAAGGCCGAGACCAAGGCCCGUCUGCAAGGCUUCGAGGGUGCCCAGGCCAUCUCGUCCAACGCCUACUUCGGCCGUCCCGAGGAGGAUGCGUCCGUCGAAGACUACGGCGACCUUGAGUCUGCUGCCAAGGACUUCAUUCGCAAGUUUGGUAUCACUGCUAGCGAUGAUCUGGAGAACCUUACGCAGAUGGUUGGUGAGGGUGCUGGGAGGUUGCAGGGUGCUAUUAGGGCUUAUCUUGGGAGCUGAGCGGUGGAAGAAUGAUGAAAUGGGGUACGUGAUGGGCUUAGGAAGUUAUGAGACAGAGAAGAUGCGACGAGCGGGUAAGCUUUACGGUGGAUAUUAGUGGCAAGUAAAAAUCAGUAUUUGUAGUGUAAUGGUCAAUGAAUGUUUAGAGUACUAGCUGUUUGGGUAGGCGGUGCUGUGUUUUGCAUCGCUUGAGAGCGCGACGGGUCUGGAUAAGCUGUUGACACCCGUAGCGGGAUCUCAGUAAGUGACCCCAGCAAAUCUAUUUGAGCAACAAGAGAAAAGAACUGAUCUUCCUUCGAA